AGCCCCAGCCCCGCUCCCACCCCCUCGCCUGCCUCCACCCUCCUUGCCUUUCUCUCGCUCGCUCGCUCGGCGAGAGCACUGUGCCUCCUUUCCCAGAUGGCAGCCGGCAGCGCCAUGCAGCCUCCCGUUCCUCCUCCUCCUCUCCCUCCUCUCCGGCUGUAAGUUAAUGCCAUGCUGCCGCUGCUCUUCCCGGCACUGCUGGCCGCCUGCCUGCCGCCCUGCCAGGGCUGGAGCCCCUCGGCGGCUGCCAGCGGGCAGGAGGAACAGGAGCAGGAGCUCUUCUUGCCCCCUGCCAACUCCUCCUCCCGCUCCUUGGCCAGCCUCGAGAUGGACCUCGACGGGGCAGCGAGCAAGGAGGAAGGCAGCACCGACAGCCCGGGCACGCCGGCUGCCCCUAGCCAAGAGCCUUUCCCUUCCGCUCCCACCACCUCCGGACAGGAGCAGCCGGGGCAGGAGCAGCCGGGGCAGGAGCAGCAGCAGCAGCGUCCCCAGCCGCAGGGGCAGCCGCAGCCCGCCGAGGACCCGCACUGCAACAUCAGCGUGCAGCGGCAGAUGCUGAGCUCGCUGCUGGUGCGCUGGAGCCGCCCGCUGGGCAUCCAGUGCGACCUCCUGCUCUUCUCCACCAACAGCCACGGGCGAGCCUUCUUCUCCGCCGCCUUCCACCGCGUGGGGCCGCCGCUGCUCAUCGAGCACCUGGGGCUGGCGGCCGGCGGCGCCCAGCAGGACUUGCGCCUCUGCGUGGGCUGCAGCUGGGUGCGGAGCAGGCGGGUCGGGCGGCUGCGGGGCACCGCACCCCAGCCCCAGCCACAGCCCCAGCCACAGCCCCAGCCACAGCCUCCCGCUGCCGCCGCCGCCGCCGCCUCCUCCUCCUCCUCCUCGUCCUCGCUUUCCUACCCGCCGGCGGCCGAGCCCGGGCAGUACUGGCUGCAAGGGGAGCCGCUGAAUUUCUGCUGCCUGGAUUUCAGCCUGGAGGAGCUGAAGGGCGAGCCGGGCUGGCGGAUGAACCGCAAGCCCAUCGAGUCCACCUUGGUGGCGUGUUUCAUGACUCUGGUCAUCAUCGUGUGGAGUGUGGCCGCCCUCAUCUGGCCCGUGCCCAUCAUCGCCGGAUUCCUGCCCAACGGCAUGGAGCAGCGCCGCGGCACCGCCGCCGGCACCGCCACCGCCGCCGCCGCCAAGUAGCCGCUCCCGGUGACCCCCUUCUCCUCGUCUUGUGCUCUGGAGGGACGCGGGACGGACUCUGUCGCGUUUUUCUCGUUUGCAGCGUGCCACAGGUGCGCGGCGGGACGUGUGGCCGCCUCAGCGCCCGGCCCGGCCCCGAGGGCAGCGGCCCCGAGGGGACCAAAUCAUAUGUGCGCGUUUUAUAUCUUUAAUACCCGUUUUAAACGAAACUUUUAGUAAAAAAACAAAACAAAACAAAAAAACCAAAAAAACCCCCCAACCCACCAAACAACCCCCCUCCCCCAGGGAAAAAAAAACAAAAGGCAAGAAAAAGCCCCCCUAAAAAUUCAGUGGAGGAAAUCAAAGACCCUCCUAUUCGGCUGCAUUUGUUGUCAGAGUAGUGUUUUUGUAUCGGAUAUGGUUUGAACGGGUUUUUCCUUUAUGGACAGAAAGGGAUAUCUCUGUCUGGCAGAAUGGAGAACCGAUGCGGUAUAUAUAUUGUUACUGCUGAAGCUGAACUUUAAUGAACCUUUCACACUUAAUUUCCUGGUUGAGAUAGUGUGUAUUUAUUAUUGUAGCUCCGCGUUAUUUGGCUUUUAAUACAGAGGUUUUCUUUCUGGA